UCUUUUACUAUAAACUAUAUAGAGAUGAGCUCUAAAAAAAAAUUGUGUUACGCCCUGUUUGUUAGUACCUGCAUAUAACCACAAAGGAUGUGGGUUCUUUAAAUUCUCAAAAUUUCUGGCUACUUUCAUUGUCUCCAUUUUUGUUGAUGGAAAGUUUAUCUAAAUAUCUAUUUUUUGAAAACUAUAUCAUUAAGACGAGGUUAAGUGAUUUGAAAAGAUAAUUAGACGUUUUAGUUCUCAAAGGAAGACUUGUUGACUUGUUUUAAGUGUAUGAUAUAAUUUUUUUUUUCAAUUCUUAGCCUUAAUUAUUACUUAAUAUUUCCUAUAUUUCCCUUAUCCUAUUUCACAUUUGUUUUGAUUAAAAUAUAUCAGAAAGCUUAUAAGUGAUUGUUUUAUAAGUUAUAUUCAUCUAUUCCAUCAAAUAAUUCCCAUAAUCUUUAUCCAACUGUAUCACAUAUUAUAAAAAAAAUGAUGGUGUCUGAAACGGCGGAUUCAGCCAUUUCUACGUCAUUACCUAUAUCGGAUAAAACCACCCAUCCCACGGAAUCUACUUCGGAUGAUAUAACACAAUCAACACCUGUAAAAAGUGAGUUGCAUAGCAUCGACAGCAAUGGCAAACAACAGGAGAAUGAAGAAGAUGAUGUUGAAGGAGAAGAUAUCGACAUAGAGGAAGAUCAUGACCACGAGCAUGAUCAUAAUGAUGAUGAUUCUCUUUCAAAUCCAAACAUUACUAUCAAUAAAGAAUCACCUUUGAGUGAUGUAAGUGACAUAACAGCAAAUUCUCCUGUGUUUACCUUGGGUAGAAAUGACGAGGAACAAGAAGAUGUCAAUAUUAAAGAGGAAGAAGAAGAAGAAGAUGAUCACGACGAAUCACGCGUCCAAGAAUCACAAGUAUUACCAUCAAAAUCAAACAAAUCAUCCAAAGAAGACGACGAUAGUUCUGAAUUAAGUGAGCUUGGAGAAGAUGACUCUGAAGCAGAAACCGAUCAAAUGGACUUCUUAGAGGAUAAUACUUCAAGUUCCGAUAUCAUAGCCAAUAAUGAAAUCGAUGAAAAUAAUAAUGUCAAUGGAGGAGUUAAUGGAGAACGUACUAAAUUCAGCUCUGAUUUAGAAGCUUUGUCGAAGUAUACUAAAGCAUUUAAUGAUAUUGGUUAUGAUGAUGAAGUUGAUAAUGAAAUUAAUGGUGAUAAUGAUAAUAAACUUGAAGAUUCAGUUCCAAAAAUACAGAUUGAUGAAUUAAUUUCCGAGAAAAGAAGUAUCGGAAGUGAACAGAAUGGUCAAUUGAGAAAGAAAAGAAGACGUGAUACUACUGAUAUUGACGUUGAUGAAAAAGAUGCCGAUGACGAAGGAGACGAAGAUGAUAACGACGUGGAAAUACAAGAAGAAGAGGAAGUUGAAGAAGAAAUCAAGAAUGAAUCUGAAGAUGUAGUCGAAAAAGAUGAAGAAGAAUCCUUAAAACAAAGUGCUAAAGAGGACAUAGAAAAAGAAGAAAUAGAACAUGAUGAGGAAGAAGUCGAAAAUCAAGCUGAAGAUGAGGAAAUUGAAACUAACGGUGUCGAUAAGGAUCUUGAAGAAGCCGAAGUAAAAGAAGAGGAAAAAGUUCCCGAACAAGAAGGAGAAGAUGAAGAAGAGGAAGAAAAAGAAGAGGAAAAAGAGGGAGAAGAAGAACCCAAUGACAACAAAGAUGAUGAUGAUAAAGAAGAGGACGAUGAAGAAGCUGAACAUGAAAAAGAUGAAGAAGAAGAAAUCAAUGAUGCUCUUUUAAAUGAACAACGUAAAUUAGCCAUUGAUGAAUUGAUAGCGAUUGAAGCAUCAUUUGCUGAAUUAAGAGAUAAAUUAUAUCAGGAUAAAUUGAAUGUCUUAGAACGCGAGAAACAAUUAUGCUACGAUGGUUCUCACCCUGAAUUAUCUAAGAUUUAUUAUAAAGUGAAUGGCUUUUAUCAAGAUAGUUUAAGAUUAGCCAAUUCAAACUUGUCUUAUAAAUUAAAAUGCAUCGAUAAAGAAACUAUUGCUACAAGAACCUCAAUUCAUCAAGAUUAUUUAAAGAAUCUUAUGGACACCAAGAAUAAUAUGAUAAGUGAGACAACAUCAUUAUGGUAUAAGAUCAAUAAAGAAAGACAACAAAUAGAUCAACUGGUUCCUGAUUUCAAUUAUUCCGCCAUUCCUCUGAUCCUGGGUGUUAUAGCUAAUGGUACUAUAGAUGAACCAUAUGCUAAUGGAACUAUUGUUGCUGGUUCCAAUCCUUCUGCUCCACAAAUUACCAAUUCUACAUCAUACGAUUAUAAUAAUAAUGUUAAUGGAUCUUCAGAGACUAUAACAUUGUCGAAGAAGGCAAUCAAACAUCAUACUCUUAUAGAGUUAGUCGAACACCGUAAUAGUAUAAACGGUCAAUUGGGUAUAUUGAAUGGAUUGGUUGAAUUCCAUGGAUUCCCAUCUGCUAUUAAUUCUUCCAUAUCAGAUAAUAUAGAGUCUUCUGGUACUGAAGAAUUAUUAUUAAGAAAAGCUACUUCAGAAGAAAUUAACGAAGAUCUUAAAGCUAUGGGAAUACCGAUAUAAUCCAUCUAUCCCACUUCCAUUCCUCCACAUGACAACUCUUAUAAUAAAUCACUUUCAAUAUUCUAUAAACUAGCUGUAUUAAUAUAUAUAAAAAAUAAUGUUUCCUGUUUGAUCUAAAUCAAAUUUUGUAAAUUUCGC